AGCCUCCUUUUCUUUUCUCUUUCAAUGGUUCAGUCCAUGAACUUGCUCAUCCCGUGUGCAGUUUUGGCUCACUGUACCUUUAAGAGGAGGGGGGCUGUUGGUGUGGGGGUUUACAUGAAUAUCCUAUGAGCUCGGUUUGUGCCAUGCGGACCCACACACACACACACACACUCACUCAAACGCACAGGCACGCGCACACACCACGCCAGCCAGCCAUAGGCUGGUGCAGACUGUUUCCACAGGAGCCGAGCAAUAGAAACACAGAGAGAAGAGCUCCAGAUGGAUAAUACAGAAGACGAGGUUGUGUGAGACGGCUGCGAGACGCCGAGGAGAUCUAAAGCUGGUGGGAGGACAGCUCAGCCUCAGCAGGUUUGUGACCGUGAGAAAGGGAGGAGAUAGAAAAGAAACAGAAGAGAUAAAGUUCUUGUGAUGUUGCGUGGGGAUGAUGCAGAAUAUCAGCGCCGGUAUCACACCCUGGGCAGCUCUACGCGCCGCCUCUCAAACCCUGACAUGGAGGCCUUCGGCAAGCUCCACAAGGGCGGCGACGUGGAGCACCAGAGGAAUAAAUACCCUCCUCAGCACGCUGCCACCCUGGUCAACACCAAUUGUGCCCGGCAGCAGCAACCACAUUACUGGAGUUUUAAGGCGAGGACUCCACGCAACGCUGCCGGGCAGCAGCAGCAGCAGCAGCAGCAGCAUUCGCUGGGCGAGCAGGAAGGAGGGCGUCUCUGCUAUGCGUCUGCUGAGAGUCUGGAGAGCAUGGCCGACGCUGAGCUCCCUCUGGGCUUCAGUCGCUCAAACAUUCUCAGACAAAGCCUGCCGCUGGCCCGAUCACCCAGCCAGGCCAAACUAAGAGCUCCAGCGGUGUUAUUCCUUCAGUUUGGGGAUGAAACGCGGCGCGUGCACAUCACUCAUGAGUUGACUAGUAUGGAGACGCUGCACGCGCUCAUCGUGCACAUGUUCCCUCAGAAGCUGACGAUGGGCGCGCUGCGCUCCCCCGCCACGGCUCUGCUCAUGAAGGACGAGGCUCGCAACAUCUUUUACGAACUGGAGGACCCUCGUGACAUCCACGACCGAUGCCUCAUCAAGAUUUACUACAGAGACGCGCAUUAUACCCCACAACACACGCAGCACCCCGUACACCACGGCCACAUCGCCAACGGAGACCUGCGCAGAGAGCUUGUGUACACCUCGAGGGAAUCGUCUCCCACGCGCCGUUUAAACCCGAUGCCGUCUUCCGCUUCACCCUCUGGCUCUCCUUCACGCUCGCAAUCUCGUCUUUCUUACUCGGGCGGGCGUCCUUCCUCUUACGCGGGUCCCCAUCCGUCACCCCAGAUGCACCCUUAUCAGCACCAACACCACGGCCACCCCCCUCAGCAGACUGGCCACCCCCACCCUGCAUUUUGCCCCUCCCCCAGCGCUAUCCUGGAGCGCCGUGACGUGAAACCGGAUGAGGAAAUCACGUCGUCGUCGAAGAGCAUGGUGCUCCUUAAAAACGAAGCAAUAUAUGCAGACCCGUACGCGCUCGUGCAGGACCCUCGGCUCAGUGUGGCCUCGUCGCAGGCCCUGGCAUACCGCCGCGGCUCUGUCCGCUCCAUCGCCGGCUACCCUGCUGCUGCGUUACAGUGUGAGCUUGAGGGCGCCCUCUACAGACCCGGAGGACACAUAUAUGCAGAUCCGUACGCCACUAUGGGUUUCCGCACCCUGCCCCCAGCCUCACCACAAAAACUGUCUGAUGGCAGGGAUCCGUACGGAAGCCACCCGGGUCGAGCAUCCCCUGGCAGACACGGGUUCCGUAAAGAUGGAACUGUAUACAUAGAGAGCCCUAAAAAUCGUCCGGGAGGGCCGCCUAUGGAUCAGAUAUGUAUGAUUGGGGGCCCUGGAACCGACGGAGGGCCAGUGCCAGUUUACAGCCCAGCAUUACCUGGCAAUGAAGAAACCAGAGAGCGUAUGGAGGCCAUGGAGAAGCAGAUAGCCAGUCUGACUGGUCUGGUUCAGAGUGUUUUAACCCGUGGACCGGACAGCCCUGAUAAGACAGAAACAGCGAGUGACUGCUCUGCUCCUGAAACUGGCAGGUUUAGAAAGAAAAAAGUCUCGUCCCCGUCUGCGCCCCUGGCCCUGAUGCCACCCCCGCCCACUGGAGAGUCUCUACCAAUAGCGAUGUCCCGUUCCCAAAUGCAGCUGCAUCUCAGCGACCUGCAGCAACACACAGCUGAACUGCGCAAAAAACUGUCAGAACUGCGACAACUGCAGAUGCAGAAUCAAGAUUCUGUUCAGGCAUUACUAAGACAGACAGAGUCUGAUUUGGGAAUGUGUCUGAUCGAGGCGUCUCGGACGCAGGAAGAUCCGUUACAGCGCCAGCGCCUUCUUGUGGAGGAGGAGAGGCUUCGCUAUCUUAAUGAAGAAGAACUUAUUAUACAACAACUACACGAUCUUGAGCGCUCUGUGGAAGAGAUGAAGGCAGGGGCGGGGCUAAACCAUCAUCUGGUGACGGAACAGGAAAUAGAACAGAAGAGUUUGGAACUCAGAAGACUCGGAGAGACGGUAGCUGAACUCAAGAAUCAGUUCCCCACUUUGCAAAGUAAGAUGCGUGUGGUGUUGAGGGUGGAGGUGGAAGCUGUCAAGUUUCUUAAAGAGGAACCGCUCAGACUGGAGGCGUUGUUGAAACGUUGCAGAAGCAUCACCAAUACGCUUGCUCUGCUGCGCAGGCAGGUGUCUGAAGGUGUGUGGAGAACCCCGGAUGACUUCAGUAGUUCGGUUUCAAGCAUGAGGGAGGCGGAUUUCAGCCGUUGCUCGGAUCUGGAUAUUCUCACCAGCCCGUCUCUAAAUCUGCCAGACCUGGCGGGCACCUUAUCGGUCGCCACCACUCUCUCCGCAUGCUUGGGUACUAAUACCACCCUGGGGGCAAAUCCCAGCCUGACUAGUGCUUCCAUUAUUGGGGGAACCACAAGUCUAUCUAACAUACUCAGCUCCACUGUUGGUCCCUGUAUGAGCGGCAGUGGGAUUUUGGGCAGUACCACACUGGGCAACUGGUUGGCCUCAGCCGGGGCAACAGAUUCGAUCAUGCCUGAACUGGACGGGACCUCAACAAUAAGGACGGGCGGGCUGGAAGAUCUGCCCUCACGCAGAGAAUCUGAUAAAGGUGUUUCCGUGGAGGUCCGACUGGCCGCCGAGCGAGACUGGGAGGAAAAGAGAGCCAGUUUAACUCAGUUCAGCGCUCAGGACAUCAACCGUCUGCUGGAGGAAACGCAAGCUGAAUUAAUGAAGGCCAUUCCUGACCUGGACUUCGCCGCCAAGCAGAUCACCAAACCGGCCGUUCCUCCGAAACCUCAGAUGUCUUCUCUCCCGGCACCCGGUUCAGCGUCCUCAACCCCGACCUUAACACCUGAACACCAGCCCAAAACUCCACCCAAACCCCCCAGCAAAGACGGCAUCCCGCGCAGGGGAUCAGGAGAGUUGACCGUGCCACGGUAUCGAACAGAAAAGCUGUCCAAGUCUCCGCCCCCUCCACCUCCCAGAAGAAGUUUCCCAUCAGGCCUUGGGCUCACGACCAGCAGCAGCGGAGAAGUUAUCACCAUAAACAAGAGCGUUAAGAAGUUAGAGAAAAGUGAGAACAAAGAGGAUUCCGAUGUAGCGACUAACUCUCAGACGCCACCCGUCAAACUGAGACGGCCCUCGACCUCAGACGGACCCCGACCCUCCUCCACACCUCCGGUCAUCGCCGCUUCCGGAAUGAAAGAAGAUGAAGACGAGGAUGAGAGGAUAAUGGCCGAGCUGGAGUCUGUAGGAACUCCUCCGGGCUCAGUUAAACUGGUUCAGCCGUCCUCCGUGGCCCGUCUGCGUCAUCUCCAGCAGAGCAGCCUGGAGCGUCAGACCCGGAAACAACAGGAAGAGUUUCCUAAACUUCAGCAGGGUCAGCAGCAGGUAUUUCACUUCUAACAGAAACCUCCCCUGCUCUCCUGACCGGUGUUCCCACGUCUGAUCUACGCUGUGUUGACUUCAGAGACUUUCUGCACAGAUUUCCUCUGUGCAGGCACAAGUCUUAUUGGACUCGUACAUUCACUCAUUUCAAUUACAGAUGUAAUAUUUUCCUCUUUCGUUCAACACGAGAUAUUCUUCCAGGACUACAGCGCAAUGUAGUUUAUCGCAGUGCCAGGAAACCACUGGUUUAGCCAAAUGACUUCAGUCAAAUUUCUUUCAUUGUUUGGCACAUGAUCUGACCGCAGGAGAAAGAUCUCCCUAAACUGGGUGGACUUUUAAUGUCCUUAUAUUUAAUUUAAACAGGAUAUUCACUGAGAAAUGUACGGCGUGACUUGAUUUGAUACAUCUUGAAAAACACGUAUGUUGUGACAAAUGAGUGUUCACACCAGACUGGAGACAGACCCCAAUGCAAUCCUUGUUAAUACACAUCUAAAAACUAUUCAUUCAAUUCAUUCACAUCAUCAGAACCACACUCAGUCCAGAUAACGUCAACAGAAAAGGAAAGUUAUUUAAGAAGCAGAGCAAGUUGUUGAAUUUUUGAUAGAAUAUUAUGAAUAAGAACAUCAAUUUUUAUUUGAAGUAAUUUGUAUUUAAGAAAGUAAAUAGGGUUCCGUUUGACUUGUGUGCGUCUGGGAUAUGUGUGUGUCCCAGAUGAUGAGUUGGCAUGUUGUUUAUUAUAGGUGAUGUGAGGUCUUAUACCACACUUGAACCAUUCUGAAUCAGAUUUUGAUGAGCAGUCAAAGACCGGGUAAGAAAUCAGUAAUACUUUACUUAAAGCCUUUAUGUUUAACGCAUUAUAAAGGGUUAUUAAAGGGUAUGAUGCAUUAUAAUUGUUCAUAAUGUGUGUUGUAAUGCAUUAAAUGUUGUUGUAAAUAAUUUUAACCAAAUUAAAAGUGUAAGAAAGAAUUGAAAAGUUUUGUUAUGUAUUAACUGUAGUUACAAUUAUUAAUGAGACAUUAUAAAGCAUUGUAAGGUGCAUUGCAAGGCAUAAUUAAUACAUUAAAAUGACUUUUAUAAAGCAUCACACAUACAGUAAAUGCUUUAAGUAAAGUGUUAGCAAGAAAACCUCUGCUAUUCUCUGUGUGUAUGACAGAUCAGGUGCAGACGAUGUGUCAUAUGUGAUCUAGAAACUGACGUUGGCAUUACUGUUUCAAGGCGUUGCAACAUUCGGUCAGACACCAGAAGGAAUUGGUUAGAUAUGAAGUUAGAUAUGAACGUUGAAUCCUGCUCAGUGCUGCUAAACCUCAGGGACUGACCUGAGAAAAAAACAUGGAGAAAUAGAUAGAUACAUACAGCCACAGAAACGAUAAGAGAUCACUUCAGUUAUGCAUUUCUGCAUUCUACAUAUACUUCUAUUGAAUAUAUCUCUGCUGUCCUUCUGAAACCUUGUAUCUCCAUAUCUCGUGAUUUUUAUUUCUUGCCAUAAAUCAUUAUUAUUCGUCACCCUUUAUAUUUGUCACUGGGUUUUGCAAAUAUCUGACCAAUAACAAGAAUCAAAAAGUGCUUGUCAAUGUUAACAACACAGUAUACAAGCAUAGAGAAGGUACAGUGUCCAGAAAAACUGUGAAUUUGGACAUCUGAGGUUUCGAAAGGACAGUGAUGAUAUGUUCAACAUAUUUAUUUCAACAUAAACAUUUCAUAUUUUUUAAUUUUCUGUAAAUAAAUUCAAACAAAAUAGAAUAUUUUCAUUUGGAUUUUGGGAAAAAAAUAUAAUUUUAAACAGUAAAUGCAGACAAAAGGAUAAUUUUGAAUUAGUCUCUUCAUUUUUUCUGCGGCUGUAUAUUAAUGAUAUGAAAUGGUUCAGGUUUGUAAUUUCUUCACAGUGAGAAGAGUGGAUCCUGUUUGCUUGACCAAUGGCGUAUACUUUUUAACUAACAUGAAAAUAUUAUUUUAGAAACUCAUCUGGUGACACUGAUGGCAGAGAAAGUAAAACCUUCAGCUGUGAGGAGGAAAUUUCCACUGAAUAAUGCACACAAGCGACUGAACAAGAAGAGGAAACAAUGUACAGUGUUGUACAGUCUCAUCAGGCCAGACGGCUCGCAAAGUCAGCGUUCCCCUAAUGUAUCCCAAAUGAAAGUGAAGAGAGAAGGAACAUUUGGGUGGAAAGAAAGGUUGAAAGAGACAAGACAGAGAGUGGAUUCAUGCCUCGUCUACAGGUUGCUCUGAUUCUCUCUCUCUCUUUCCUUCAUCUGGUGUCUCUCUCCCUCCUGCAGGGUGAAGCUGUAGGCUAUUAACUAGCCGUAAGCUUCUGAGUUAGCCGUCUUUCUGUUGUUUCACUGUGAAAAUGAAUAAGAAAAAAGCACAUUGUGUGCAAGAUACCAAUUCAGAUAUAUACUGAGCCUUACUGUGUGGCAUUCACUUUGAACACAAAAUGAGAUUUAUGAAAGGAUUUUUGAGCUGUGGAUGUUGACCACUUUCAGUUUGUUUCUCACACGGAUUCAGGAAUACCUAUUACUGAAAUGAUGUGUGUUUGGGUUCGUUUUAAACAGAAUGAGGUUUAGUAAAUGAGGGUUUCGUUUUCGCCUUUUAGACAUUUUUUUUUAAAACUGAAGGAACUAAACAGAACGAGAGAUGUUGUAAGGAGUUUCAUCCAUCAAUCAAUCAUCAUGCGGUCUGGGUAGAUUGCAGUCCGUGUAUUGUUGUCAGAGUUACCCAUCACACAGACUGAAAGAAUUUAAUGGACAAUCACCGUGGCAACCACAAGAGGCGAGUAUGUGAAUCCUGAAUCCUGACACAAUUUUUAAGGUCCACAUGAAGUCACGGCAAUGUUUGACAUUGAGAAGAUAUAAGAGUUCAAAACAUACAGGUCCUCGCUUUUUCCAAAGUGGAUAAAGGAUUCUGUCGUCAUUCUGCACUUUAGCGUCUCAUCAGAUUCCGGGCGGUGAGGGAAACUAAACCCACUGUAGGCUGUUGACGCCAACCAUCCUUUUGCAUUUUAAUGCAUUUCUGUAAAAAAUAUUCGAACAUUCUUUAGUCUCACAAGCUUGUGAUUUAUUCACCACACGUUGUAUCCGUUUAUAGGAUGUAAUGUCAAUGCGGUGUGCAUAGUAAUCCAUGCAUACAAAUGAUGUGUACAGUAUCCUACUACAAAAAUAUUUCAAAGACUUUGAAAUAUAUUCCUAUAGAUUGGAAUAUGACAUAUAAUAGAAAUUUAGGUAUUUUUAGGAAUAAAGAAAUCUAUAGAUUCACUGAACACUUUAAUACUAGUGUUAAAGGGGUCAUAUGGCGCGAAUCCGUGUUUUUCUUUGUCUUUGGUGUGUUUCUGUAUUAGACAAGUAAAAUGGCAAAAAAUGAAAGUGUGUGAACAAAAGAUUCUAUCUAAAAGCAAACGCUCACCCUGACCUGCCUGAAACCACUCCCACAAAUCUACAUCAGUUGGUGGUCUGAUUUGACUAAGACCACCCAAAUGUAAACGCAAGUAAGGUGGUGUACCUGUCAGUACAAUUGAAGAGGAACCUGAUGUUCCAAAUAUAGUCAGAGGCGUUAUAUGCCCGUCACACGCUUUCAGUAUUCCACCAAUCACAACGCACCGGAUAACUGGCCAAUCAGAGCACACCUCGCUUUUCAGAGAGGCGGAGCAAAGAGGAGAUAAAAACAUGCACGGUAUGUGGAGUAUACACGUUUUUAACAAUAAUACAACAAUAAUAUUACUUUUAGCCGUGUCAUGUGACCCCUUUAAACCAGAGAGCAAUUUGUUGAGGCCACAGGAAACAGGGACUUUUAUCUUUGUUUUUGUACUCCAACACAUUGCAUGUUUUACACUACAACCCUUUCUUUUUUCGUACAUGGAUUGCGCACCUCCAGACAGUUGUCUUGAUCAGAGUCGACAGCGGAUCAGUUUUGUUUUCUAGUGCAAUGAGUCUACGGUCUGAACCACAACAGGAGACAACAGGUUUCCCCGUCAUCAGUCCGUGUCGAACCACCCCGGCUUUGUUCCCAGGCAAAGAUGUGGAUAAUUUGGCAUGCCGUAGUGUCUGACGGACCAGUCUGCUCGGGCUUAAUGGGAGGUCUGUGGCAUGAAUAUGUCAUCGGGACAGUUUGGCGCAUCGAGCAGCGGCUCCGUAAAGAUUCCGUUUGAAGGGAUUAUUUCUUCUUAAAAGGUCAAAUUGUUUGUUGGCCCCCGAGUGCCAAGGAGCAUGUGAAUAGUGAGUGGAUGUGUCAUUUUGUUUGUAUCUUGAGGGUUUCCCAGGACGUCGCUGUUGAUGUUUAAUAAGGUGAACUAAAUCCCGCUUGUAGAGAAGCUCUCGGCCCUGAACACUGUAAGAAGCAGCCGGCUGGAAAAAUGAUUCAGCCUGUCGUUCUCAUCGCUGUUCUUGACUUCUUGAUUCAAAACUUCAUCUGCAAAUAAUGACUUUAUCAGGGAGAAACUAAUCCUGACUGUCAAGAGAAGAUAAACGAUUCAUAAUGAGGUGAAAAACAGAAAUGCUGCUAAUAGAGCUGGUUAAUGAAACGCUGUUACACAACAGAUGCCACUUUGUGUCCUUAUAAUGCGAUAUGACAAGUUAUUUGUUGAACGUGAAAAUGCUGCAGUACAAAAACAGCCUAUUCAUAUCCAAUAUACUGAUUCAGUUCAGUCAGCGAGGUUUCACUGUGGGCGGGGCUACCGAGUGUGACGCGUGCUUUUAUUGGCUCUUUAAUGUCGUGCCCUUCACAGGUCAACUUUAGAUCAAACUUGUCCACAUCAACCUGUACUCAGUCACAGUGUUAAUAGCAAGAAAAGGUCAUCUCUAUUCUACUUUGAUGUUAAAUGAAUAAUCUGGACAUGCAGUAUAUGUCCCCUUUUUUGUCUCUAGGCCACGACCGCGUUUAAGUGUCACGAAGCUAAUACAUAAAAAAACAUACUUUUACAUACAUAAUGUUUAUAAUAAAUGUACUUUGCAGAAUUAAAGUUAUAUGUUUUGAGAAAAGUCAAAGUUACGAGAAUGAAGUCGUGGCAAUAUGUCAUAUUUGGUUUCAUUGUUGCAACAUCUCGUAUUUUUAAUUAGAAAAAAAUCCUGAUUUAUUCCCGUUAUUUGACUUUAUUUAAAUCACACAACUUUUUGAUCUUGAUAUCAUUUUUGCGUGACACUAAACAUCAUACAUGUAACUACUGUAAGUAAAAUAUUAAGAAACACUGCCUUCUUGUGACUAUUACAGGUAAAUCAAAACCACCAAAGUAAAAAAAUACAGUUCCCUCUUAAUCUAUGCGUUGCUUAAUGUAUUCAGGAGCAUUAGUUGAAACAUUCAAUCAGCUCAACAGAAAGAUUUCAUUGCAAGUAUUGAUUUUAUCUUUGUUUUUCUCUCUUUUAUCCACCGACCUGUCCUAACUUGCUUGUAUCUGAUCCUCAGUCGACCCUCUCCUGACCUCACGCUGAAGUUAUCUACAGUACAUACACUAGAGCACCAUAAAUAUGGCCGACAUCAGUCUCUCGUAAACUCUUACAGUAAGAGAGACGUAACACUCUUCCCUUCAAAAUAUUUUAAUCUGGGUUGCAUGAAAUAUCUGAAACAAUGGGAAUUUAAGGUUGUUUAGGAUAUAAGAAUAAAAAACAGACAUGGUGACCUCUUUAUUCUAACACAAGAAGACGUUUGUUUAUGUAUAACCAUCCACUUUACCUUUCUACCUCAAAUUGUCCUGUAAAUGUUGUUGGCAUGUUGACCAUCAGCCUUGAGUUCUGCCAUCCUCAGUGUCCCUACAUGCCCCUUUUAACCCGACAUUUGACCCUGUUCAAGGUGCACGUACACUAAUUGGCAACGAUGACCCUGGGAAUCAAGGAGAACCCCCAAAUCCCACAUGGAUUGUCCACGACUAAAGCACAAUGUAUCUGACAUUACAGAAGAGCUUUGACAAAGGUACGAAUCUAAGGUUACGGUUCUGUUCUCUACACUAGGCAAGAAACGUCAAAUGGUACAAUAAUGCUGAAAUGAGUUUUAGACCCACGUUUGAAUUGCUAAUUGCGUAGAAAUAAUUGUCUAGAUGUUCUGCAAUUCUAGAGUCGUAGCACAACUAAAAACAGUAAUCGUACUAUACGUGACGAGUGAAACUCUCAAUUGAUAAGAAAUUCAAAAUCAAGUAUAAACUAGAUUUUUAUUCAAGAUUAGCUUUUGUAUUUUUAUAAGCAAAAGAAAGAGAAUGUGUUAGAAUAGUGUGACUAAAUUCACGUGGGGUACAUGCCUUAUCCAAAUUCAUGUCCAAACGAUGCUCGGGAAUCUAUAUGCAUCAAAAGAUCCGUG